UUCGCUCACCCAUUCCUGACCAUACUUUGCCUUUUAAAAGAAAUGCCACCCACAUUCAGAGACACAAGUGCAGCAGUUUGGGAAGAUGGUGAGUUGGAAGAAGGUGAACUGGAAGAUGAUGGGGCGGAGGAGACCCAGGACACUCCAGGAGGGCAAGAGAGAAGCCGGAAAGAAAAGGGGGAGAAGCACCAUAGUGACUCAGACGAGGAGAAGUCUCACAGGAGGUUGAAGCGGAAACGGAAAAAAGAGCGGGAGAAGGAGAAGAGGAGGUCAAAGAAGAGGAGGAAAUCCAAACACAAACGCCAUGCUUCUUCCAGCGACGACUUCUCCGACUUCUCGGAUGACUCGGAUUUCAGCCCUAGUGAGAAGGGGCACCGCAAGUACCGGGAGUACAGCCCCCCGUAUGCACCGUCCCACCAGCAGUACCCCCCAUCACAUAGCACGUCCCUGCCCAAGAAGUCCUACUCCAAGAUGGACAGCAAGGGCUACAGCAUGUACGAAGACUAUGAGAACGAGCAGUACGGAGAGUACGAGGGGGACGAGGAGGAGGACAUCGGCAAGGAUGACUACGAUGACUUCACCAAAGAGCUGAACCAGUACCGCCGCUCCAAGGAGGGCAGCAGCCGAAGCCGAGGCAGCCGAGGCCGGGGCAGGGGUUAUAGAGGCCGAGGAAGCCGAGGAGGAUCUCGAGGCCGAGGUGUCGGCAGGGGCAGCCGAGGCCGAGGCCGAGGCUCCGUGGGAGGAGACCACCCAGAGGACGAGGAGGAUUUCUACGAGGAGGAGAUGGAGUAUGGAGAAGGCGAGGAGCCAAUGGGAGACGAUGACUACGAUGAAUACUCCAAGGAGCUGAACCAGUACCGCAGGUCCAAGGAUGGCCGAGGCCGAGGGUUAAGUCGAGGCCGUGGCCGGGGUUCCCGGGGCCGAGGGAAAGGGAUGGGCCGGGGCCGUGGCCGAGGUGGCAGCCGAGGAGGGAUGAACAAGGGUGGAAUGAACGAUGACGAAGACUUCUAUGAUGAUGACAUGGGCGAUGGCGGUGGGGGCAGCUACCGGAGGAGUGACCAUGACAAGCCCCACCAGCAGUCUGACAAGAAGGGCAAAGUCAUCUGCAAGUACUUCGUGGAAGGGCGGUGCACAUGGGGAGACCACUGUAAUUUUAGCCAUGACAUCGAACUGCCAAAGAAGCGAGAGCUGUGCAAGUUCUACAUCACGGGGUUCUGCGCCCGAGCUGAGCACUGCCCCUACAUGCACGGUGAUUUUCCGUGUAAGCUGUACCACACCACUGGGAACUGCAUCAAUGGGGAUGACUGUAUGUUCUCCCACGACCCUCUGACUGAGGAGACGCGAGAGCUCCUGGAUAAGAUGUUGGCUGAUGAUGCAGAAGCAGGUGCUGAAGACGAGAAGGAGGUUGAGGAACUGAAGAAGCAGGGCAUCAACCCCCUACCCAAACCACCGCCUGGUGUGGGCCUUCUGCCCACCCCACCUCGGCCCCCUGGGCCCCAGGCCCCCACGUCUCCCAAUGGCAGGCCCAUGCAGGGUGGCCCUCCACCGCCCCCUCCUGCCGGGCCCCCUCAGAUGCCCAUGCCGGUGCACGAGCCACUGUCUCCACAGCAGCUGCAACAGCAGCAGGACAUGUACAACAAGAAGAUCCCUUCCCUGUUCGAGAUCGUUGUGCGGCCCACCGGACAGCUGGCUGAGAAGCUGGGUGUGAGGUUCCCUGGACCUGGUGGACCCCCAGGGCCAAUGGGUCCUGGGCCCAACAUGGGACCCCCAGGGCCAAUGGGGGGCCCCAUGCACCCCGACAUGCAUCCAGACAUGCACCCAGACAUGCACCCUGAUAUGCAUCCGGACAUGCACCCUGAUAUGCCGAUGGGCCCUGGCAUGAAUCCUGGCCCCCCCGUGGGUCCCAGCGGCCCUCCCAUGAUGCCCUAUGGUCCUGGAGACUCCCCACAUUCUGGAAUGAUGCCCCCCAUCCCACCAGCCCAGAACUUUUAUGAAAACUUCUACCAGCAGCAGGAGGGCAUGGAGAUGGAACCAAGCCUCCUCGGGGAUGCAGAGGACUACGGGCACUACGAAGAGCUGCCGGGGCAGCCGGGGGAGCCCCUCUUCCCCGAGCACCCUCUGGAGCCAGACAGCUUCUCUGAGGGAGGGCCCCCAGGCCGACCGAAGCUGGGCAGUGGUGUCCCCGACUUCCUGCCCUCGACCCAGAGGGCUCUCUACCUGAGGAUCCAGCAGAAGCAACAGGAGGAGGAGGAGAGAGCGAGGAGGCUGGCAGAGAGCAGCAAGCAGGACCGGGAGAAUGAGGAAGGUGAUACCGGAAACUGGUACUCAAGUGAUGAGGAUGAAGGUGGGAGCAGUGUCACCUCCAUCCUCAAGACCCUGAGGCAGCAGACAUCUAGCCGACCCCCGGCUUCAGUUGGGGAGCUGAGCAGCAGUGGGCUGGGGGACCCCCGCCUCCAGAAGGUGCACGCUACUGGAGGCCGACUGGCUGACCCCCGCCUCAGCCGGGACCCCAGACUCUCCCGCCAUGCUGAGGCUUCCAGCGGCUCGGGCCCAGGAGACACCGGGCCCUCUGACCCCCGUCUGGCUCGCUCCCUGCCAGCUUCAAAGCCUGAGGGUAGCCUUCAUUCCAGCCCCGCAGGCCCCAGCAGCUCCAAGGGCUCUGGCCCUCCCUCUCAGGAAGAGGAGGAGGGAGAGCGGGCCCUGCGGGAGAAGGCUGUGAAUAUUCCCCUGGAUCCCCUUCCUGGGCACCCACUGCGGGACCCCAGGUCACAGCUGCAGCAGUUCAGCCACAUCAAGAAGGAUGUGACCCUGAGCAAGCCCAGCUUUGCCCGCACCGUGCUCUGGAACCCCGAGGACCUGAUCCCUCUGCCCGUCCCCAAGCAGGACAUGGUGCCCCCUGUACCUGCUGCCCUGCAGUCCAUGCCUGCCUUGGACCCCCGGCUGCACCGUUCCAGCCCUGCAGGGCCCCCCAGUGCCCGCCAGCGCCCAGGCACCUCCACAGACCCCAGCACCUCCGGCUCUAACCUGCCCGACUUUGAACUCCUCUCUCGCAUCCUCAAGACUGUUAAUGUUCCUGGCCCCUCUGCAGCUCCCAGCCCAAGUGACAAGCCCAGUGACCCCAGGGUGCGGAAGGCCCCUACUGACCCUCGACUGCAGAAACCAGCAGACUCAGUGGCCUCCUCGCGUGCUGCCAAGCCCAGCCCUCCCGAAGGGUCCUCUCCAGCCUCCAGCCCCAGUGGAGGGUCCUCGCCACCAGCCACAGCUCCCUACGACCCCCGAGUGCUGGCGGCCGGCGGGCUCGGCCAGGGCAGUGGCAGUGGGCAGAGCAGUGUGCUAAGUGGCAUCAGCCUCUAUGACCCGAGGACUCCCAACGCAGGUGGCAAAGCCGGGGAGCUGGCUGCAGAUGCACCUGCCCAGCCCAAGGGCCCUGAGGGCAACGGCAAGAAUGCCGUCUCUAAGGCCAAGGAGCCCCCAUUUGUCCGCAAGUCCGCAUUGGAGCAGCCAGAAGCAGGGAAAGCUGGUGCAGAUGGGGGCACAGCCCCGGCCACGGACAGAUACAACAGCUACAACCGGCCCCGGCCCAAGUCCGCCACAGCCUCCACCGCUGCCACCGUCACUACGCCUGCGGAGGGUGCCCCGCCCCAGCCUGGGGUGCACAACCUGCCAGUGCCUGCGCUCUUCGGGACUGCAAAGCCAGCACCCAAAACGGGCUCAGGAAGCCCUUUUGCUGGCAACAGCCCGGCCCGAGAGGGCGAGCAGGACGCGGGGUCCCUGAAAGAUGUUUUUAAAGGCUUCGACCCCACAGCCUCCCCCUUUUGCCAGUAGUGUUAGCCAGAACCAGUGCUCCUGCCACCCCACCUCUUCCAAGGUGAUAUUUAAGGGCAGCAAUCAGAGUUGGGAUUAGGGGGAUGGGGAAGGGGCUGGAUGGUUUUUUUUCCUUUUCUUUUUCCUUGUUUUUGGUGGGGUUUUUUUGUGUGUGGUUUUUUUGUUUUCUUUUCUUUUCUCCCUCUCCCCAAAUAGUAUUUCCUCUGAGACAUAAAUAGUACAUAACCAUCUUAGGUGGGUUCUGGUCAGUGCUGCAGGGCUCCUAGAAUCUCCGAGGUACUGGGCCUGAGCCACAGUGGGUGCUCUGGAGCCUGGGCCUCCCUGGAUGCAGUGCAGGGAGGGCUUCUGGGCAAAGCUUGGGGCUCUCCUCAGGACAAAGGGAACAGUAAGUGUCUGAGAAGGGACUGAAGGUCACUCAUCCCGCACUGCUGGGUGAGGAGAAAACGGAGCCCGGUCCUGGCGGGACCUGUGAGGAAGCCAGGGCUCUUCAGUGUGAAGCCCAUGCCAGCUGCUUCAGAAGGGAAAAAUUAAAGGUAUCAAAGGAGGUGGCUGAGAAUUCUCAGUGGCACCCUGGUGCCCAUUCCCUGGGCCCACUCUUGUCUCUGAAUUACCACUCGAGCCCCUCUGUCCCUGUCCCCAGCCCCCAGUUGUGCCCCGAAUCGGGGCCCUCCAGCCUGCACAGGAGCCUCAGGGUGAAGGCAGCUCUGGAGGCAGCAGGCCUGUGGGGACAGUAGCCCCUGAUGAGCCGCCUCAGGACCCAGGAGCACGUUUUCUGUCAGUAUUACCCAUCCUGCCCCACACCGGGAUCUGCCCCGGCCCCCCGAAGCCGCAGCGCCCUGUGUGCAUGCACUGCUGGCCUCCACCCUGACAGCAGCCCCACAGGCUCCCCUUGGGAACCCCGGGUGGCCCUUUCACACAGUGUUUGCGCUCUCUGCUUGCUUUGUUCCUCAAGCCGCUAGGACACGAGGUACUGGUGUUUGGUUUUCCUCUCCCAGGCCAGCAAGUGUCGGGUUUAGGGUUUGUAUGCACUUCCCAAGAGGUGGAUAGGGCAGGAGACUGUCGCUGGGGCAAGGAGGGGCCGAGGACCCCACUGGGGAUGGAGGACUGAAGGUUCACCUGAGCCCGACAGAGCCGUCAUGGCUGCAGCGGCCCCUUUCCCCUACUCCCACCCCGCCUGAGGACUGGCCUGGUCAUACGGUCCCCGGGGAGGCCCCACCUGGGAGUAUGGCUGGGUUACUCCAGGGAGCCCAGCAAGGCCUGGGCGGCACUGGCCCCAGAAGUACGCACUUCCUAAAAGGUCUGGGUACUUGGGGUCCCUCUUCUGCUUGUUUCUCCUGGCCUCACUGUCAGUGUUGCCACACUGAGGACCCAGACUCAUCUGUUCACAGGUCUGGUCAUCCAGACCUGAGGGACCCUCUCUGUCCCAAGUGGAGUACGCACAAGGCUUCUGGGCCACCCACAACCCAGAGAGAAGAAAUAACUCGAUUUGGGGGCAGGAGACAGGGUGGGAGUGGCCAGGCCAGGUACCCUGCAAGGCCAGAUAGCGCUGGGGUCCGCAGGCUGAGGUCUGGCCAUCCUGGCUGGCUGCCUCCCUCUUGUGUUGUUUCUAAAGCAUCCAUCAGUGAGAUUUGUCUUCAGCCGCAGAGCUGGCCUUGAAGCAGAGGGCUACGGCUCGUGUGUACGAGAUGAGGAAGGAUACGCAGCGUGGCAGUGUUUUGGGUCCCCCCCCCACUUCUGAGAACUUUCUUUUGUAAAGGAAAACGUAAAUGCUUUUUUUAAAACUAAAAUCUGUGGAUGAAAUAGAAGCUGAAGUGCUCCUCUUGGAAUGUUCAGCAUCAGAACCUCAUGGAACUAUGAAUUCAUCCAGAAUUCCCUUUU